GGUGGCCGCGCAUGCGCAGAGCUCAGAGGGCGGCCAAUGCGUCUUGCACCUUCCCAGAAUAACCAGGGGCCACAGGGAGAAACCUGGACAAGAACAUGGGGGGGCAGCCGGCCUUCCAGACUGGAUGACCUAUCAUGUCAAUUACUGGUUCUCCUGUCCCAGACCUCAUGCAUCCAGAGUUUCUCUCCUUCCUGUCCCUCUAAAUCGAACACCAGACUUCACACCACGAGACUGCAAUGAGCUGGCUCAGUAAGCUGAAUCCUCGGGGGUCCAGCAACAAAUCAGGUCGAAAUGCCAACCUCCAGCCACAGGUCACUGCUGACCCAGAGACCUGCCUUAUGGUUUUCAAGAAUCACUGGUCCCAGAUACUUCAGAUCUUGGAACGUCAUGGCCACUCUACAGAGCCCGUGACCCCAGAUGACCUGAGUUGUGUAAAGAACAAUACGUAUCAGAUGCUAAGCCUCCUAGCAGAGGAACGGCCCCGGGAAGGAGAGAGCCCAGGGCCAAUUCUGGGGUACAUGGCAUCUGAGGGAAUACUGGAGAGACUGCUGAGGUGGCAUUUACAGAGAGACUUCACGGAGGACAAGAAGGUGGAGCAGCUGAAGUUGUAUGAAAUGCUGAUCAGCCAGUCCCACCAGCCCUUGCUCCGCUACCAGCCAGUGCUGCGCCCGCUAGUAACGCUGCUGGGCACCUUCUCCCCUGGGCCAGCAUCUCCCAUCUUGGAGAAUAGCCUGGUGCUGCUGCUGAACCAGCUGUGUGUGUCACUGGCAAGGGAACCUUCCACCCUAGAGCUCUUCUUCCAGGACUCUGCGGGGCAUGAAGGGCCAGCCAAACUGCUCAUCUUCUCACUACUGGUUCCUUUCAUCCACCACGAGGGUGUUAUUGGUCAGCAGGCUCGCGACGCACUUCUCCUCAUCAUGGCAAUGUCUUCAGGCAAUCCCACUAUGGCCAGAUACAUCACGGAGAACUCCUUCUUCUGUCCGAUUCUGGCCACGGGCCUGAGUGCUCUGUAUUCUUCGCUUCCACGUAAGAUUGAGGUGCGUGGGGAUGACUGGCACUUUCUGCGCCGGGAAGACUGGAUUGGGGUCUCGUCAAUCGUUCUUUUCAUGAAUUCCUUAGAGUUCUGCAAUGCUGUAACACAGGUUGCUCAUCCUCUGGUUCAGAACCAGCUGGUAGAGUAUAUUCACAAUGGUUUCCUGGUGCCUGUCAUGGGACCCGCCCUGCACAAAACAUCUAUAGAAGAAAUGAUUGCCAGCACCGCAUACCUAGAGCUAUUUCUGCGCAGUAUCAGUGAGCCCACCCUUCUAAAAACAUUUCUACGCUUUAUCCUUCUCCAUCGCCAUGACAGCAGCACCAUCCUUCACACACUCAUCAGCCGAAUUGUUAGCAACUCACGGCUCUGCAUGGUUUCACUCACCUUGUUCCGCACUUUACUUAACCUCAACUGUGAAGACGUUCUGCUGCAGCUGGUGCUCAGGUACCUGAUUCCGUGUAAUCAUGUCAUGCUUAGUCAGCGGAGAGCUGUCAAAGACCUGGACCUGUACUCAAAGACUGCUGACAAAUUCCUGUCCCUCAUCCCGCGCUGCUGUCAAAAGGAAUUCCUGGUCUCUCAGGAGCAUGAGGAGGAACAUGCUACCUGGUCCAAAGCACACGGGAGUCCCAGCAUUGACACGUCCUCUGUAAACACAGUGCCAAGGCCCUCCACUCCUUCUCGCAUGGCAUUCUUCAUGCGUCAAUCCAGCCACACUCCUGAAAGUUCAUCCCCACGUUCUCCCAGCUUCUCUUCCCAAGACAUGUCUGCCGGCAGCCCCAGACAUGGCCCUCUAUGUUGGGAUGAGGUGUCUGAGCUAGAUGGCAACUACCUGGAGUACCUGCAGGAAGCACGUGCUGGCAUAGACCACUGUGCAAAGGUUUGUCGAGUCUGGUCUGCCCCAUAUGAUGGGGAGGAACCCAGCCCACGCAGUCUGUCACCUCCUACCCCUGAGGAAGUUAUUGUUUCACCAGACUACUUCUCUCCAUCUUCAUCUGCUAAUCGAGCCCAGGAUAGCAAGGAAGCACGCCGGCACAUAGUUACCCCACGAACUAAAAAACGUAGCUUGCAAGAGGAAGGAAAGGAAAGCAGAGUGAAUAGUGGAGUGGGGGAGGGAGGGCAUGCAGAUGUUGGAGUUCCUAUUCUUGUGAAUGGUUCUGUAGCAGAGGACCAGCCAUACCCAAGUUGCCUUCAAAGGAUGUCCAAUCUGGCAGGUCGCUUUGAUGAGGAUUUGGAGGUAAAAAAAGUGAAACGAGAGCUGGUGAAGGAGAUCCAUGUGAUGACAGAUGAAGGAGAGCAGGCACUGGGAGCAGAGAAUGGCUCCAAUGAAAAUCCUUCUAGCUAUGGGAAGCAAUGUACUUCCUCUAGCUGGGACUCUCCUCAGUCUGUGGAUAGUUUGAUAGACGAAUUACUGGACCAGGCGCCAGGAGAGGUUAAUGGGACACAUUUGACUAUUGAAAAACUGGGAGAGGAGCUUAAGGAGAUGGAGGACAGCAUAAAGGAGGUGCUCAUCCCAGAGGAGGCGUUAACGGACUCGCACCUGGAGAACCCACCUCAGGAUGAGGAGGAGAGAGAGUUUGAGAACAGAGAAACUGAAGCCACCAAGAGCAGAGCAGAUUCACUGACUCUUAUUCUCAGCAGCCCUCUACGGGCACAGAAUGGUAGCCAACCAUUUACAGGUCCUUUCAUUGCUGUACUUUUUGCCAAGUUGGAAACAAUGCUACAGAACUCUUUGUACGUCAACUUCCUGCUCACAGGGAUCAUCACUCAGCUUGCUUGUCAUCCUCAGCCGCUCCUCCGCUCCUUCCUUCUCAACACCAACAUGGUCUUCCAGCCCAGUGUCAAGUCUCUGGUGCAGGUUCUUGGUUCAGUGAAGAAUAAAAUUGAAGCCUUUGCUGCAUCUCAGGAUGAUUUCCCCACUUUACUCUUCAAAGCCAAGAAGUACCUGAUUGCUCGAGGGAAGCUGGACUGGUGUGAGAGCCAGAGCUCGGUUCCUGCCUUGCGCCGGUCCGACACCCUGGUAAAAAGUCGCAAACCGUCCAUAGGGGAAUUAAUUCUCCGUCACACCAACAGCCCCACACGUGCCCGGCAAGCUGCCCAGAUGGCGUUUCAGCAUGUGCGAGAUGGGCAAGUUCUCCACGCUCUGUCAGGAACCUCCAUAUUUAAGAGUUCAGCUGAAAAACAGAACGAGGCCCUGCGAGUGAAGAAUGCCGUGUACUGUUCGGUUAUAUUUACUGAAUUCAUGAAAGAACUGGCAGCCAUAGCCCAGGAACAUGCAGUCACCUCCCCAUAUCUGCUGGCAGAAACUGAAGAGUGACACAAUCCUUCUCCAUCUAUGGUCCCUAAACACACUCAGGGGAAUGGAAUCCAGCCAUUCCUUGUAUCUCCUGUAGAUGAAAGGUGCCCUGUAGAGGGCAGUCAUUGACUUGAGUUCUUCGGAAUGUACAGACUUGUUGGAGACAGCACUUUUCAUGGGUUUUCUAAGAAAAACCAUUAACCAUGGAAGGUGGAUCAAUUAUCGUCCGUUGUCUUUUCUAGAUUUUUAUGGAGUCGGUUAACUACUGAUCCUUAUUUUGGAUCCUUAUUUUUUUCCUUCAGACUUUGUGAGGAAAAGAAAUUUGAUUUUAUGUUCCCAGAGUCCACCAUUCAAACUAGGGGGUCCAACCCCUAAAUGAUGGACAGAUACCUGGGGCUCCCUCUUUCUGCACCCCUGUUUAAUGUCUUGUUGAUUGGCCCACUCACUGCCUCCACCCGGGUCUUUUUACAGGGUUCCUUCUUAAGACAUUAGAGGAACCAUGUGGGAUCAUAAGUGGGUUUUUAACUUAUCUGAGCAGGAAUGUGUUGAAUUGUCUAGAUGAAGCAGUUUUUGUGUAUGUAUAUAUCUGUAUGUACUUGUAGAUAUAUAUACAUAUAUAUAUUUAUAUAGAAUCUCUCACACAUACUGCACCACAUCUUGUCCAAACAUUGCGUACACAUUUGGGGUUCUAGGGUGACCCCAAAACAAUCUACUGGCAAUUAGCAGGAGUAAAACGGAGUGGACGCUUGCCCAGUAAAAUUGUGUGGUCCUUGUCCAUUGGCAGAAUUUAGGGUGAGAGUGGUCCUAGCCCACUGAUUACGUCAGGGCUGAAAUGACCAAUGAUUUUGAACUGCCUCCUCUGGAGUAAUUGGUUUUAACCCCUCCCUGUCCUCUCCCCUUCAGACCUUUUAUCAUUUUAUUUGUAAAUCUUUUGAUUUCUCAGGCAGCCAUGUAUUCUAUUGGGUGUCUUAGUGUUUGUUAGUGUGCUAAGGUAGUUUAUUUACUACAAUCCAUUUUCCUAUUAGAGGUUCACAUGAGAAUACUGGCCAUUUACUUACCAUCACUAAAUGACUACAUGGGUAGCCCCCCGCUGUAAUGCAUAAUGUCCCCUACCACCACAUACAGCCAACAACACCCCUGCGCUUACGAAUACAGCCCCCACGCUGUAAUACAUACAGCCAAAAAACCCCGCUUCAAAACACAUUGCCAUCCCCAGCUCUCGCUCACAGGCAUGAGCCCCCGCCUCUUCCCCCACAGCUUUAGCAAAAAAAACUGCAAACACAGUCCUUAACACCUCUAUGUACAUUGUGUUUGAAUAUGGCUGCCAUAGACCAAGUGUGGGUCCACUUAGAGCGCAGUGUAUUAUAAUAAUUAUUAUUGUACUUUGUUACAUCUGAAUCAAAUGCCAUUUAAUCCAAACCUGUCAGACUCAUUAUUAAGUGAGACUCCACAGGUAAUCACAGACCACCGUGAAAUACCGCCAGAUGUCGCCUGUCUGCGAGGUGGUUUUAGCUGUUUUUUUGGUAUACAUGUAAUUAACCUCCUUAUUCUGCAGACACUCUGAUUUUAUGUUAAACUUCUGUAGUAUGCUUUAUAUUUUACUUUUCGACUUGUCUAAGCAUCGUCCAUAACGGCAGUGAUCCAGAAUGCAAUCCUUGUAAUCUCAGCUGAAAUGAAACCUGUACUGUACAGCGGAAUGAAUUCUAAUAGAACGCCUUGCAGUAAAGCCAUUAAAUAGAGUGCGCUCACACCUUCAGAGGCUAUUUUCACCCUAAUUUGGAAUUGUGCUAUUUUCAUUGAACUUGUUUUAGAUCUUUUUUUUAUCCUUUUAAUCCCGAGUAUUUUGCUUGUCGAGCAGAGCUAUUGUAUCCUUAUUGUGUCUGUAUAUGAGUUUGUGUAAAUCCGUGCAGUGUGUGUGUGCGAUAUCGGGGUGCAGUAUAUGUACUGGAGGAUGUUUCGCGUUAUUUGGCUCCGGCGGGUCCCUUUCCCACCAAAACACUCCUUACGUUGAGCCUCCACGUUUAUUACUCCUCUGCAUUAAUUUAUUUAGCUGGAAGCGUGUAUGUUCUGGCUGUGAAUAUUUAUACGGAUUUAGAGGAAAAAGCAGCUAUACGAAUAGGCAAAACACCCUUAUCUCAGUUUUCUAUAUUAUUAUAAAAACCUUAACAUUGCUGCUUAUUGUAAUUACACUAAACCGGUCGCUAUAAUUCAUUAUGGGAAAUGUGCCAUUAUAAGCAAUUGCUCUAUUGUCUCUCAUAUUCCCCCCAAUAUAAGGACCUUUGGAAACUGUGUGUUGAGGAGGGUUAUUGUGGUAUUUUUUGUUUGUGUGUGUGUUGAAUGUUUGUACAUUUUAGAUGUAUAUGAGAUUAUGUAUAUAUAAUCGUGCAAUGGCGGGCAUUCCGCACAAUGUUUAUUGGGCAUGUCCCAAAUUUUUGCACAUCUGUUAUUUUAUUAUAUAUUUUUAUUAUGUUGUGUUUCCUGAAUUGCCAAAUUGCGUAGUAAGUGAGAUUUGACCAGAUUGCCACGUCUAAACAUAACAAAACCAAUCAUCUUCUGAUUCUCUCCGCAUUGCUGCUUAUCUGCACGCAUAUUAAAAUAUUACUUUUAUCGUGAUUGUGAAAAAGGGAAUUUAAUUACAAUCCUGUGAGUCUAUUACUGUUUUGAGUGUGGGGAUCUGGGGUCCGUUCUACUGCUAGGAUACAAAUAAUUGCAAAGGCCACCUGGUUUUUGUCUCCUAAUCUUUGACUUUUUGUUAUCUAUUUGGCAGUACAUUGAAAUCUUUAUUUAGUUUUUUUUCUCUGACAUUGGAAUUGGGCUUUGACCUAAUAGUCUAAAUUCUACACCAAAAGAAUUGAUUUUAAUAAGAAAAUCUCCAAUCCAAUGUUGCCUUCCACAAUCAUGGCUGCCGGCGCGGUGCUGGCGUUACGGAGUGCAGUGAUUUUCAGUGCAGCCCAUGCGCUAUGUCUGCAGCUUCGUCCAAUCAUUGUGAGGAUGUUGAGUGAAAACAAUGCCGACAGCAAAUAAAAAUUGUCAAACAA